GUGCUAGUAGUCUUUCCAGCAGUUGUUCCUACUGCCUUCUCUCUCUUUCUGCCUGGGAUUCUCGGCUUCACAUGAUCGGCCUCCCCCCCCCGCAGUUCCCAUCUCAUCCUCUCUUUGGUACUGCCACAGGAACAACGCUCAGCACCGGAUGGGGCUCUCCGCACAUUCCUGACCUUCUCUUCUCAAUUCUCAACUUCUUUCUCCUCGAGGUGUCGAUAGGUACUUAUAUUGAUCCUUGAAUGCUUAGGUAGCUACAGCAGUGCGUUCGUGCACUAGAGCUCUCUCGCCUCCACCUUGUACGGCCCACCGGGCCUAUCGCGCAUAUCUCUUGGCAGACCAGCUGGAUAUACUUCCCUCUGCCCCUCUAACCAGACAUCAUCCGUUCCCCCGAUAUCCCGUCUACCUGCUUGCCUUAGGCGCAGCUGCGGACGGUUAGGCCCGGCGAGCUGGUCCACUGUGGUUCGAGCCUUUCAUCUAGGCGUAGCCUGGUCGUUUUCCUAGUGUUGGCAGCUAAGCU